GGAGGAUAGUGUCGUUCAUUAUGACUAGCGCCACCCCUUCUCCCACGACAACCGCCGCUAGAUUUGCCAUUGCCUCCUCCGAUCUUCCCCUACACUACUACACAGCAGUCGCUACCUCCAUCCAUCCCAAGACGACAUCAGGUUUGAACGAUGAGAUGCGCGACUUCCUCCGCCACGCCGACGCGCGAACCCCGCGGGCCUUCGUCCAGCUCCUCGCCGCCCAGCCGCCGCGCCCCUCCGCCGCCGCCGCCGACCAGUGCCACGCGGCCGCAACCAAGCUCGGCUUCCUCGCCUCCAACCUCUUCGCCACCACCGCGCUCCUCGCCUUCUACUGCCGAUCCCGCCGCCUCCCCGAGGCACAGCACCUGUUCGACCAAAUGCCCGCAAGGACCGCCGUCACCUGGAACACGCUCAUCCACGGCCACGCGCGGUCGGCCGCGCCCGGCCUCGCCGUGGCGGCCUUCGCGCGCAUGGCGCGCGCCGGCGUCUCCCCCACCGCGUCGUCCGUGUCCAGCGUCCUGGUCGCCUGCGUCAGGCUGGAGGAUGCUGCUGCUGGAGCAACGCUGCACUCCGUUGGCCUCAUGCAUGGCUUCUGUGCUUCUGUCGUCGUCGGCACUGCCUUGGUGGACAUGUACGCCAAAUGCCAUCAUCUGGGCGCCGCGCAGCAGGUGUUUCGGGAGAUGGAAGAAAAGAACGUGGCCACUUUCACGGCGCUCGUGGCAGGGUUCGUUCUAAGCAGAAGGCCUCAUGACGCCAUGCUGUUGGUCAGGGAGAUGGAACGCUCUGGUGUGGCACCAAACUUGAUGACAUACAGCAGCCUUCUCAGCUCAUUCGCGAGCCCGGAGGACAUAGAUCAUGGGAAGCAAGUUCAUUGCGCGGUGCUUAAGAAGGGCUUGGAGCACGAUCAGUUUGUUCUGUCUGCUCUUGUGACCAUGUACUCCAAGUGCGGCAUUUUGGAAAAUUUUGUCAAGGUGCAGAUGUCUGUUUCAUGUCAAGAUCAGGUAUCAUUCAAUUCCGUGAUCUCUGGGCUCUCCUGUCUGGGAAGAGGUAAAGAGGCGUUUCAACACUUCUUGGAAAUGAGAAGGCACGGCACUGAUAUGGAUGUGUUCACCUUUGCCAGCGUAUUGAAGGCUAUAGGUAGCUCAUCCUCAUUGCUAGAGGGAAGGCAGGUUCAUACUCUUAUUCUGAAGAUUGGAUAUGAUUCUGUUGUGGAUGUCCAGAACAGCCUGAUUUCCAUGUAUGCCAGACAUGGUGCAAUAGGGGAAUCCAAUGGCGUCUUCAUUUCAAUGGAAGCACCUAAUUUGGUUUCUUGGAAUUCACUAAUGUCAGGAUGUGCUCAACAUGGCCAUGGAAAGGAGGUAGUUGAGAUGUUUGAACAAAUGAGGAGGCUACAUGUUCAGCCAGACCACAUAACCUUCUUGUCGGUCCUUACAGCUUGCAGCCAUGUUGGCUUGGUAGAUAAAGGGCUCGAGUAUUUCAACUUGAUGAAAGAUAAAGGGUAUCUUGUGGGAGCAAGGACAGAGCACUAUGCUUGUAUGGUUGAUCUUCUUGGUCGAGCAGGCUAUCUCAAUGAAGCUGAAUACUUGAUUAAUGGCAUGCCUAUAAAACCUGGUGCUUCAGUAUACAGAGCUCUGCUCAGUGCCUGCCAGAUUCAUGGGAACCUUGAGAUUGUAAUCCGGGUGUCCAAGCGCCUAAUUGAGCUAAAUCCUCAUGACUCAUCUGUUCAUGUUCAGUUAUCAAAUGCCUUUGCUGGUGAUGGCCGUUGGGGUAAUGCUGCUGAGAUCAGGGAGGCCAUGUCAGGUAAAGGAAUAGUGAAGGAGCCAUCCUGGAGUCGUAUCGAGGACCAGAUGCAACAUAGUUAAUAAGCAGCCUGUGCUUACAAGAUGCAUGCCACUGUCUUGGUUGCUACCUAGAACUGAAUUAUAGACUGAAGCUCUGAGGGCGAUGCUUACUGAACGAAGCAAGCUAGAAAUAUGUGUAAAAAAAGUGAGUAAAGCAGCACCAGAUUGGAUAAUUCUGGUGUUAUAACGAUGAGUUCUACUAGAAGCAAGAUUACUUAUCGUCAUAUAACCGGAGCCUACAUUGACAAACGACUGCUGAAGAUGGGAGGGAUGAGCUUCUGGAUCUUGUAUACUGCUGAGUUGUUUUAUCACUGUAUUUAUUGCACUUUGUUUUAUGGUGUGUUAUCCUUAUGUCAAGGUAUCAUGGGACUUAUCUCGGUGAGGAUGUUGCUGUUAAAGUUCUAAGAUCUGAGCAUUUGAAUAAGAAUGUUUGGAAUGAGUUCACACAGGAAGUAUAUAUUCUAAGCAUACUAAUGUUGUGCGAUUCAUUGGUGCGUGCACAAAACCACCACAAUUU